AAAUGUCAAUAAAACCACAUAUUUGCCGAAACAAAAGACAGUAAAUGUUUUAUUCCAUAUUCCGAGAGAAAUUAAUGUAAUGGAAAAUAUUUACCAAAACCAAUUGUACAUCAAACGUUUUUUUACCAAAAUUAUACACGUAAAAGCAUGUGACGUUUUGCACGGUGAAUAUCCUUUUUCCGCAGGUGAAUAUGCUUAUUUAUUCAAAAUCCCAUUAAUAUAGAAAAACCUACUAAUAUAUGGAAUAAAAAUAGCUCUUUAGACAGGAAACAAUGGAGUAGCUAGACUUAAAUGUUGUACAAUGUGCAUGCUUAUCUGCACAUUUUUUUAGUACCAUUUCAUACAGAAAAGGAUAUUGUUUCAGUUUUCAGUCAUCUUGGUUUACAGGAGUGACAGAGAUGCUAAUGUGAUAGGACUUAGACAAUUCAUGAAUGCAAAACUAUUCACUUUUGAAUAAUGUAAAUCAUGUAUAUGGAACACACAGAAUUUACUCAAAAUUGUCCAAAAUCUAUCUUUGGGUCUUCUCGUUUACUUUGUCAAUAUUCACACCUAUCUUUAUUCAUAUUAUAUGUUUUCAUAAAUAGUGCUACUUUGCAAUAGCACUUGUUACCUGCAUUGUCUACAUGUACAUAAUCCUAAAAAUAUUAUUCACAGAAGAAUACAGCACUGGGCUAACAGCAUCUACUCUAGUGUCUCACACAGCAAAGUUUGCAUCUGAUUGCCUUGUGAUAUACACCAGGAUGUUAGCAUUGAGGGACCUCACAAUCAAAUUCGUCUAAAUCAAAUGCCAAGUCAGUCUUGUGUUUCAAACAAUGUUGCAAUUUGUUUGUUGGUUAUAUCCUACAACAUUGGGAAGCAGAUACAGUGCAAAGUAGCUAUUUUGUUAUGAUAUAACAUGACUCCAGUUCCAUUUCAGUACCAUGGUGGACAUCCAGUCGCCUUGGUCUGGCUAUUAUGGGGUUCUUUGGAUUUAUCAAUGUAUAUGCCUUACGUGUGAACAUGAGUGUUGCCAUUGUGUGUAUGGUAAACAGAACAGCCAUACAGACAAACACCCAAGACCAAAACGGAAAUGUAUCAAAGGCUGAGGUUGGAUGUGGCUUUGGUCUUAAUACUACAGGUACCAGUAACUUUGAGGAUGGUGAAUAUAUUUGGGAUAAAACAGUACAAGGAUUUAUUCUUGGGGCUUUUUUCUGGGGAUACCUAGCUACUCAGAUACCUGGUGGCUGGCUGGCCACAAAAUUUGGUGGCAAAAGAGUAUUUGGAUGGAGUAUGUGUAUGGCCACAAUAGCCACAUUUUUCACUCCAUUAGCAGCAAAUGUGAAUCGUUCUGGUACACUGCUAAUUGUACUUAGAAUUCUUGUUGGGUUUUCUUCAGGAGCAGUAUUUCCAGCCAUGCAUGCUUUGUGGGGGAACUGGGCACCACCAAUGGAAAGAAGUAAACUAACAGCUUUUACUUAUGCAGGAGCACAAGUUGGUAAUGUGAUAACCUUUCCAUUAGCUGCUGUUUUAUGUAAAUAUGGAUUUGCAGGAGGCUGGCCGUCAAUCUUUUAUGUAUUGGGCACAGUUAAUUUUGUCUGGUUUGUGCUGUGGAUGCUUCUAGUCAGUGAUAAUCCAAUGGAGCAUAAAAGAAUUUCUAAGAUUGAGCAGGAAUAUAUUGUAAUGUCCUUGGCAGAAAGUCGUCAUGCUGAAACAGGCAAAGACUUAGAUGUCCCAUGGAAGAGUAUACUGACAUCACUACCAGUUCUAGCAAUAGUUGUAUCUAAUAUAACAUCUGACUGGGGAGCCUACACAUUACUAACAAAUAUACCAACAUACAUGAGUGAAGUCUUAAAACUGGAUAUAACAUCAAAUGGACUUUACUCAGCUUUACCAUAUGUAGCCUUCUGGGCAAUGAUUAACAUUGCUGGUUGGAUGGCAGAUUUCUUCAGGGAAAGACGUUUUAUGAAUACAACUAUGACAAGAAAAAUAUUUGAUUCUUUUGGUAAAAUUGUACCAGCACUAAUGUUGAUUUGUUUAGGAUAUGUCGACUGUACCACUCCUACUCUUGCUAUAGUAUUGCUCAUCCUUGCUGUCAGUCUGACAGGGUUCCAGUACAGUGGCUUCCUUAUCAAUCAUGUGGAUAUAGCCCCACCCUAUGCUGGUAUAUUGUUUGGAAUCAGUAACUCUAUAGCUUCAGUAACUGGAUUUAUAUCACCUUCAGUUGUAGGUGCUAUCACUAAUGAGGCACAGACACGAGAUGAAUGGCAGAAAGUGUUUUAUAUAGCUGCAGCUAUUUAUGCCUUUGGAGCUGUGUUUUACUUAAUAUUUGGUAGUGGGGAGCUACAAGAUUGGGCGAGAGAAAAGAGGGACCUGGAAUUAAAUGUGGAAAUGGAACCAUUGAAAAUGGAUGAAGAAAAACCACCUGUGGAUAAUAAUGUUAAUAUUUGAAAAACUAAAUGUUCGUUAUAUUAUUUAAAUCUAGCUCUUCAUGCUCUAAGAAGUAGUAUAAAAUGCUAGAUCUAGGAAGAAGUAAUCAUGCUCGAUCAUCUUCAUGUUUUAAGGUUAAAGGGUAAAGGUCCUAGAGGGAAAUGCACACAUUAUCAGCUGAUUUCAAUAUCAAUUAUAUGUAGGAAGUUCCAAUUGCAUAAUUCAUUCAUGAGUUUUGCACUUGUCUAUAUUGAAAUAAACUGUAGUUAGUAUGCUUUAAUACAUUUUGACAUAAUUGCAUGUUGUUCUAAUUUUAUUUUGAGGUACAGCAAUCUUGUAUAUUUAGAGAAUGCUAUUUAGUGUAUAUGCUAUGCAACAUAUUGGGAUUAAAAAUAAGAAAUAUUUUAAUAGGAAACUUAAACCUUAACCCUUGUUUAGAAAAAAGUCAUAUAAGUCGAAGUAAGUAGUGUGUGAAAGAAUACGCCUCCGGGUGCGGGAAUUUCUCGCUACAUUGAAGACCUGUUGGUGACCUUCUGCUGUUGUUUUUUUAUUUGGUCGGGUUGUUGUCACUUUGACACAUUCCCUAUUUCCAUUCUCAAUUUUAUGAAUUCAGUCAGCCUAGGGUAAACAAAUAAGUACUUAGUUAUGUCUCUUGAAAUUGUAUUAACGUUGUUAUACAUGUAUGCCUCUUGCUUUCUUGUUAUAUUUGAUAAUUGGUACAUAUACUGUAUAUUUUUUUUUCAAAGUUUGUUUUUAUUAUUUAAAUAGUUUUAUGCCACACCCAGAUCAUUGAAACUUGACAAAUAAGGUUUGCAAAAAUAUCAUAAAUAAAAGAUUUCUAAAAAAGAAACCAUUAGGAAGAUAUAUGCUGAUUUCAUAAAGUUUUAUAAAGCAUUUAGAAAAAAUGAUUUAUUUAUUUGUGCAAUAAUAUAAUUGUGCCAUAUUUAUGAAAAAUUAUAUUUUAUUAUAAUACUUUAAUGUUAAUGACUUAAUGUAUAUAUACACUUAUUAAUGUGUGUUAUGAUUUGCUAAGAACAGUACAAUUCUAAUUUAUAGAUUUUUUUUCAUCACUGCCAAAUCAUGCAUAUAUUUCAGGUCAACAUUAAUCAUCAUAGAGUAGUUCUCAUAUUAUUUAACCAACUCUCAUCAUAAUUGUAUAUGGUGUAAGUUAGGAUAAGCUACAUUUAUUCUGACAAUUUUCACAAUUGUUAUUCCCAAUUUAAACAAUGUGAUAAUAACUAUUGUUUGAAUAGUGAUGUAGAUUUUUAAGGUUCAAUAUUUUAUUAUAGUCUCACCACGUACAAUUACAUAUAUUUACACAAUGAAAUAUUCAUACAGGUACAUAAAACAUGCAUGUAUUUCAAAAAACUUAAAUUGACAUUGUAUGUGCCAAUCUUAUAAAAUUUAUGAGAGACUACAAGUAAUAUUAAAAAACAAUUUGAGAUUGAACAUAUUAUAUACAAUAUAUUUAUUUGCUCAAGAAUAUCAUUAAAAUACAUUCACUUGAGGUACAGUUGUUCAUAACAGACAGGUUUUGUGUGAAAUAAUUAUUAUGCAACAUCAUCAUUAUCAUUGCUGUUACAAUGCAAAAAUUUUUAAAGUUGUUAUUUUUGGAAAUUCUUCCCUUAUUUACCCUCGUUUGUUGACAUUGUUUACAAAAAUUUACUUCAGUUAGCAUUUUUUAUUAGAUCAUUACUGGUAUAUCUUGAAGAUUAUUUUUUAUUGUUAUUGUACAAAUAUACAUUAUUUUAUUAUCGUCAGUAAAUCUGAAAAUACUUUUAAACCUGAAUUGUUCAGCUUUUGUUUUAUUGUUGAUAUUGACAUUUUAUUGUAUUAUCAUUUAUUUAUAUAUUUACGAGACCAAUAAUGAAGUAGUUCAACCCUGUAAAUGUGCUACUUGUUACGAGAUACAGCCUAUUCUUGUCAUUUCAUCAUACUAAGUAGAAAAUGUCUUGCAUCUGUUUUAUUUUAAAAUAAUUAGGAAUUUUUAUUUUGAAAAUAUUUUUUUUAAUCCAUUCAUGUAAUUAUACCCUACACAACGGGGUGUGGAGUGUAUAAUAUUUUGACCCUUCCGUCCGUCUUUCCUUCAGUCCGUCCCUCAGUCUGUCAGUCCUGUUUCUUGUCAUCGCAACUCCUCUCCAACCUCAUUACAGAAUUUCACUAAUCCUUUUUAGAUGAAAAGGACAUAUUAUGUUUUUGUGGAUAUCGACAGGAAAUUAUGAUUCAAUAUUUUUUAUAGGAGUUACGCCCCUUCGAACUUAUUUACUUUAAUGUACUACUGCAAGAGUUUGUCAUCACAACUCCUCUGAAACUACACAACAGAAUUUCAUGAAACCUUUUAAGAUAAUAAGGUUAUACUAUGUAGAUGUGCAUAUGGACAGGAAAUUACGAUUCAA